AUGGCAUCUGUGAUCAUCAGAAAGGAGCAGAAAAGUGCAACAGAUCUAAUAACAGAGUUGAAAGGACUGGUCAUUUUACCCAACUGUGAUCAAGUUUGUAUGGAAUGUCUACAAGAUCUCGAAAGAGGUUUGCUCCCAACAGAUUCUCUUGCUAAUGGACUUUGGAUCGGUGAGAUCCCUCCUGAACUGCAAGACCUAACAUGGUGUGAGAAAAUGCUUGUAUCGAGGGUUAAGCACAACUACUGCAUAAUCCAGGUCAAGGUAUCCGGUAUGUGA